AUGGACACAUCCAGCGAACAAUUCCAAACCCUCCACCAGGACAUGCUCACCUUUGUCAAUACCUGCAUGGCCGGCCACGAUCCCUCCCACAAUCCAGCACACGUCCACCGUGUCGCCAAUCUCGCAAAUACCAUCCUCGAAGCAGAGCAGAAGAACUCUUCCCCCGCACAACCUCCGCUCGACGCCGCAGUCGUGAAACUCGCCGCGCUGCUCCACGAUAUCGGCGAUAGAAAGUAUCUCCCCAGCUUGGCAGCCGCGACGAGUUCAAUCUCAACGGGCGCCAGCGACCAAUCCACCACCGCUAGUACAUACUCCGCGGAGGAUAUUGAUCCCAAGACAAUGGUGCAAGUGGCGCUGCUGAAGCACGGGGCCCCCGCGGAUCUGGCGGCCAAAGUGCAAAUGGUCGUCUCGCACGUCUCGUAUACCACAGAGUGCAAGGACCCCGUGCGGAUCCGUCGAUUGAUUGACGAGGAAGGGUAUCCUGAAUUAGCGGUGGUGCAGGAUGCGGAUCGGUUGGAUGCAAUCGGGGCGAUCGGCAUUGGUCGCACGUUUACUUUUCUGGGGGCGCAGGGGAAGAAGUUUGCUGGGGAGAAUGGUUGGGAAAUGGGGAAUUGUAUUGAGCAUUUUGUGGAAAAAUUGGAGAGAUUGGAAGGGAUGAUGAAGACGAAGACGGGACGAGCUAUGGCCAGAGCACGUACGGAGAGGCUGAAGAUUUUCCGAGGCUGGUGGGAGGAGGAGAUGAGUGCGGCGACUGCGUGA